AUGUCUGAACCACUUACGUUACUUAAGGAUAAACACAUCCGUUACAUUGAAUCAUUGGAUACCAAGAAGCAUAAUUUUGAAUACUGGCUUACGGAGCAUCUGCGUUUGAAUGGAAUGUAUUGGGGGCUUACAGCAUUAUGUGUGCUUGAUUCGCCGGAGACAUUUGCAAAAGACGACGUUAUAGCAUUUGUGUUGAGUUGCUGGGACGACAGAUAUGGUGCGUUUGCACCAUUUCCAAGGCAUGACGCACAUUUAUUAACUACAUUGUCUGCGGUGCAAAUCUUGGCCACCUACGACGCCCUAAACGUUCUUGAAGAGGAACGUAAGGCUCAACUGGUUGCCUUUAUUCGUGGAAACCAAUUAGAAGAUGGUUCAUUUCAGGGUGAUAGGUUUGGUGAGGUAGAUACAAGAUUUGUUUAUACGGCAUUGAGCGCUCUAUCAAUUUUGGGUGAAUUGACACCAGAAGUCGUUGAUCCUGCUGUGAAAUUUGUGCUCAGGUGUUAUAAUUUUGACGGCGGAUUCGGGUUGUGUCCUAGUGCUGAAUCGCAUGCAGCACAAGCCUUCACCUGUCUUGGCGCUUUGGCUAUCGCCAACAAAUUGGAUGCGCUGAGUCAUGAUCAAUUAGAAGAAAUUGGGUGGUGGCUUUGCGAACGACAAUUACCAGAAGGUGGACUGAAUGGUAGACCAAGUAAACUACCCGAUGUCUGUUAUAGUUGGUGGGUUUUAUCUUCAUUAGCUAUCAUUGAUAGGUUGGACUGGAUAAAUUACGAAAAAUUAACUGAAUUCAUACUAAAAUGUCAAGAUGAGAAAAAGGGCGGAAUAAGCGAUAGGCCUGAAAACGAAGUAGAUGUUUUCCACACCGUCUUUGGCGUUGCUGGUUUAAGUUUAAUGGGAUACGGCAAUUUGGUCUCAAUAGAUCCCAUAUACUGCAUGCCAAGCUCCAUUACAGCGAAGUUUAAAAAGUAUCCAUAUAAAUAA